AUGGUGUUCACUGGAAUCUCGAAGUUGAUCCGAUUGCAAUUGCAGCUCCUGGGCGGUGCAUUUAAUGCAGAGGACCACGAGCGCCGCCUGCAGCAGCAGCUAGAGAAGAAGGCGGAAAAAAAACAGCGCAAAUUGGCGCGCAGAGCAGCCCGGGAGAACCGGCGGGCGCAACGCAAACAGCGCCGGACGCUACUCUCCCCAACGGUCGUGGCCGAGCCAACGAACGAAGAAGAGCGAUCGCAGAGUAGCAUUGACUAUUCCGGCAAGCAGCCGCAAGUACAACCUGCUUCAUGUAGCUUGGUCUGGGCACGUACGGCUGAAGCACGUACGAAGGUUCCCGGCGCUAUUGGCAUUGCAGGUGGACUCAAAAGUAAGCCAAGUGGGGGGCGAUGGCACGCCACGCGGGGAAAAGGUCCAGAACGUGUCGAUCUAACACCCGAGGAAGCAGAGGUGACCUCACUGUCAGUCUUGCAAGUGGCCAGUAAUGAGCACCAGCUCCCGUCGGAGUUCAUCAGUGAAUAUGAAGCAAAACUGGAGCAGAAGCAGCGUGAGUUCUACGACUCGCUUGGAGGAUACAGUACCGUUGACGAGGAAGAGGACGAUGAGCUACAUGAGCUGCUGGUCGUCAAUCAGCGUGCGAGCGACACCAGGAUUUCUAUUGAGUUGUCAAGCACGGAUACUAGGAAGGCAGCAGAAUCUGUGGAACCAACGAAAACUGAUGUCUCAAAGUUGUGUGAGACGCAGGGACAGGAAGAGGCAGGCAGUGCUAGCCCGGGUGUGAACCUCACUGACGUUCUGUCAUCCGCAUCGAAACCGAGACUCGAUGCAAUUUUGAGCUUAACAAGGCUAAUCGAGACAGACUCUGAGGACGUGGACGUGGAUCCGUGUGCCGGUGUAGCAUUCGAGGGCAAUAGCGUCUUUGAUGAGCAAGAGGGGUCGCACAGUCUGUUUCUUGCCAAUCACGUGUUUGAAGGACACUGCAUUUCGCCCGCACAUAGCUCUUCUCUAAUCUCGGAUCAGAGUAGCUGUGUUACAUCAAUUGCAGUUCACAAAUGUGGAGCCGAUCCCGAUCGGUGUGCUGUUGAAAAUGACGUGAAAGUGGGGGGUGAAAAUGAAGUCAUAAUCAAGCAGUUCGAUGAGAUAAAGCACGACAAGGAAAGGCUGUUGGGAGUGUCUGUUUUGCUGAACCAAGCCCACGCCGAAGUGCUACCCGAGACGUGUGCUUUAUUUUGUAGAGCAGUUUCGGAGGCUACUAAGCUGAACGACACACUGUGUUCCGAAUCAUCAGUUGAAUCUGAUUUUUUAGGCAAACUGAAUGGUCCGAAGGGUGUGGAAGUGGAGAUUAGUGGGACAUCGGGGGCUGUGAAUAUAGUAAAGAGUGGGUCUCGGAUCGGGGAUCUUGUGGAGCCGCAACGUUUUGCACGUGCAGACCUUUCGGGGCAGCAGGUAAAAGCUUCUGAUCUGUCUCCACACUUGACAGUACAGUCAUGUAGGAUUGCAGCUGGAAAUUACUCUCCCGGCAUGGUGGACGAAUAUGCGUGUGCCAUCUAUAAGAACCUUCGGGACCGAGAGCAUCGGUACCACGUCACUGAAGAUAUAUUCGCCGAGCAACAAACCGUUCAGCCGCAAAUGCGUGCUGUGUUAGUGGACUGGCUGGUUGAAGUACACCAGCGUUUUGAGCUUGAGGCGCAAACGCUGUACUUAACUGUAAAUUAUGUCGACCGUUAUCUGGCACAGGUCCCAGUAAACAUUCAACGUUUUCAACUUGUGGGUGUGGCGGCGUUGCUGAUCGCUUCCAAAUUUGAGGAGAUUUAUCCGUGCGAUAUGGAUGAUCUGCUGUAUAUUUGCGAGCGGUCGUACUCCAAGGCAGACCUCGUUGAAUGCGAAAGAGAUCUUCUUAACGUAUUUGCGUUUAAUCUGGCCGUGCCGACCGUCAGCAGCUUCCUCGGAUAUUUCCUGGAGCAAUGCGAAGAGGACAAGCUUAUCGGGCAACUGGCCAACCUCUUUGCCGAGUGUUCGCUGCUUGACUUUGGCUUCGGAGCCAAGUACGAGCCCUCCAUUGUUGCCUGUGCGUGUUUGCUCGCAGCUUCUUGCUAUGUGGGGAACCAAGGGCCACGUCUCGUGUGGAACUACCGCCUUGUUGAGCUCACAGGCUAUGCGAUUGAGACGAUUAUUCCGUGCACGCAAAAGUUACAGACAAUUCUGGCUAAUCCGACCAAGCUGACUGCUGUCGCCACCAAGUACAGUGACAAAGCGUUCGGUGAGGUUGCGUGUUUGCCGCUGGAGGGUCUAAAUGCAUUGCUAUGCUGA